CAUUAUCUACCGAUCACGGGAAGAACUUUCCGUAAACUGUCGUUCGCGCUUAUAAGCCAUACGCAAUUGGGUAUAUGGAGAAAACGCUUCCCUUUCGGUCCGUUAAAAUUUAUUUAUUAACUGAAGCGGCAUAACCCUUCCAAAAUGCGUAAUCUAUAUUUGGAUUUAAUAUGUGUGCUAAUAUUCGGAAUCGCAACAACGGGGGAAACGGCCAUUGUACCGACGCUUAAGGCUAUAUACCAUGAUUUGACGAAACAUUUCCACGAUUCCUCUUUUCUACACCACAAAGUACAUGGAAAAUAUCGAGAUUGUAGUGAACUCAGGAGCGUAAAUAAUGGCAUGCCUGGCCUUUACAACAUUUCUUUCAAUGGAACUUUCGUGCCCGUUAGGUGUUACUAUAACGGCACAAACGCUUACACCAUUAUUCAACAACGCUUGUCCGGAAAUGUGGACUUUAAUCGGAAAUUAGCGGAAUAUGCCGCCGGAUUUGGGAGUGCUACCGGCGACUUCUGGCUUGGAUUGAAUAUUAUCCGGCGCUUGGUGGAAUUGGGCAACACAAAGCUACAAAUAGUUAUGACAUCCUGGCCGCCAAGCCAGCAGACCAUCGUCGCCAAUUACGGCUACUUCAGUAUCGGGACACAGGCCCAGGGAUGGGCGUUGUCGGUGGGAAACUAUAAUGGACCAGUGGCUGAUGACCUUAGCUACAGUAAUGGAAAGGUAUUCUACACGUCCGACGUGCCCGAUCCCAAUUUGUGCGCGGUACACCAACGUGGAGGGUGGUGGUACAAUUACUGCUCGUAUGCCUUUCUGAAUGGCUAUUAUUACCGCAACGGAAAAUAUGUUCCGCCGGGUCAGUUCUAUGACGGGAUUUACUGGAAGGAUUGGCUUGGUUAUGAUUACUCGCUUAUGCAAGUUACGAUGGCCGUUAGUCCGUGAAAAGCAGUUUUGCACAAAAUUUGAAAUGCGGGCGAGCAAAGCGAGCCCGCUUUGUGAUAAACAACUGAGUAAUUUGUCAGCAGAAAAAAUAAUCAAUUAUUCAGAAAAUUAAAUGCUUCUACGACGGA